AUGUCAAAUGCUGCAGAGAGGAGUGAAUCUUUUCUACUCACGUUUAGGCUAGCCUUGUUUUGGUGGAUUGCUUUAAUAAGGAUGGAUCUGUCAGAGCUUGGAGAAGCCGCAGCCUUCCUCAGAAGAAGCGAAGCUGAGCUGCUUCUACUACAGGCCACAGCCUUGGACGGGAAGAAGAAAUGCUGGAUUCCUGAUGGUGAGAACGCUUAUAUCGAGGCUGAGGUAAAAGGGAGUGAAGAUGAUGGAACAGUAAUUGUUGAGACAACAGAUGGAAAGAGUCUGAGCAUAAAAGAGGACAAAAUCCAGCAGAUGAAUCCUCCAGAGUUUGAAAUGAUUGAAGAUAUGGCAAUGCUGACUCACCUCAAUGAGGCAUCCGUGCUGCAUGCCCUGAAGCGGCGCUAUGGCCAGUGGAUGAUCUAUACAUAUUCAGGUCUCUUCUGUGUGACCAUAAACCCUUACAAAUGGCUUCCCGUGUAUAAGAAAGAAGUCGUGGCGGCCUACAAAGGGAAGAGGCGAUCAGAGGCUCCCCCUCACAUCUUUGCUGUUGCCAAUAAUGCCUUUCAGGACAUGCUUCACAAUCGAGAAAAUCAGUCUAUACUCUUUACAGGAGAAUCUGGUGCUGGAAAGACUGUGAACAGCAAACAUAUUAUCCAGUAUUUUGCCACCAUAGCAGCCAUGAGUGAACCCAGGAAAAAGCCGGGGGCGUUAGAAGAGCAAAUCAUGCAAGCGAAUAUUAUCUUGGAAGCAUUUGGAAAUGCUAAAACCCUGAGAAAUGACAACUCCUCUCGUUUUGGCAAAUUCAUCAGGAUGCACUUUGGUGCCAGAGGCAUGCUGUCAUCUGUGGACAUUGAUAUCUAUUUUCUUGAAAAGUCCAGGGUGAUUUUCCAGCAGCCUGGAGAGAGGAACUACCACAUAUUCUAUCAAAUUCUAUCUGGACAAAAAGAGCUUCAUGACAUGCUCCUGGUGUCUGCAAAUCCCUCAGACUUCCACUUUUGCUCCUGUGGAGCAGUUACUGUGGAGAGCUUGGAUGAUGCUGAAGAAUUGCUGGCCACAGAACAAGCCAUGGACAUCUUGGGCUUUCUUCCUGAUGAGAAGUAUGGAUGCUAUAAACUCACUGGAGCCAUCAUGCACUUUGGAAACAUGAAAUUUAAACAGAAACCUAGAGAAGAGCAACUGGAAGCAGAUGGCACAGAAAAUGCUGACAAAGCUGCUUUCCUCAUGGGCAUUAACUCCUCUGAGUUGGUAAAGGACUUGAUCCAUCCUAGAAUCAAAGUUGGUAAUGAGUAUGUUACCAGAGGUCAAACUAUAGAACAGGUAACCUGUGCUGUUGGCGCCCUGUCCAAGUCAAUGUAUGAAAGGAUGUUUAAGUGGCUGGUGGCACGGAUCAACAGGGCCCUGGAUGCCAAGCUGUCAAGGCAGUUCUUCACUGGCAUUCUUGACAUCACUGGUUUUGAAAUCCUUGAGUAUAAUAGCCUUGAGCAACUUUGCAUUAAUUUUACCAAUGAAAAGUUACAACAGUUCUUCAAUCGGCACAUGUUUGUUCUGGAGCAAGAGGAAUAUAAGAAAGAAAGCAUUGAAUGGGUGUCUAUUGGCUUUGGUCUGGAUUUGCAAGCUUGCAUAGAUCUCAUUGAGAAGCCAAUGGGCAUCUUUUCCAUCCUUGAAGAAGAGUGUAUGUUUCCUAAGGCUACAGACCUGACUUUCAAGACCAAACUCUUUGACAACCAUUUUGGAAAGUCGGUUCAUCUCCAGAAGCCCAAGCCUGAUAAGAAGAAAUUUGAAGCUCAUUUCGAACUUGUCCAUUAUGCAGGAGUGGUACCUUAUAAUAUCAGUGGUUGGCUGGAAAAGAACAAAGACCUCCUUAAUGAAACAGUGGUAGCUGUAUUUCAGAAGUCUUCCAACAGACUCCUGGCGAGCCUUUUUGAAAAUUACAUGAGUACUGACAGUGCUAUACCAUUUGGGGAAAAGAAACGAAAGAAAGGAACUUCAUUCCAAACAGCUGCAUCUCUGCAUAAAGAAAACCUGAAUAAAUUGAUGACUAAUCUGAAAUCAACAGCACCUCAUUUUGUGAGAUGCAUAAAUCCCAAUGUGAAUAAAAUGCCGGGUAUAUUGGACCCUUACUUGGUUCUACAGCAGUUACGCUGUAAUGGUGUCUUGGAAGGGAUUAGGAUAUGCCGUGAAGGUUUUCCAAACCGACUGCAGUAUGCUGAUUUUAAACAAAGGUACUGCAUUCUGAAUCCAAGGACCUUUCCAAAGAGCAAGUUUGUGAGCAGCAGAAAAGCAGCUGAAGAAUUACUUGGCUCCUUGAAGAUAGACCAUACCCAGUACCGAUUUGGAAUCACUAAGGUGUUUUUUAAAGCUGGGUUUCUGGGUCAACUGGAAGCAAUGAGAGAUGAGAGACUAUCUAAAGUCUUCACAUUGUUCCAAGCCAGAGCACAGGGCAAACUGAUGCGAAUCAAAUUCCAGAAGAUUCUGGAAGAAAGGGAUGCACUCAUUUUGAUACAAUGGAACAUAAGAGCUUUUAUGGCUGUGAAGAACUGGGCCUGGAUGAGGCUCUUCUUCAAGAUCAAGCCUCUUGUUAAAUCUUCAGAAAGAGGAGAAGAAAUAGCUGGACUGAAGGAAGAGUGUGCACAAUUACAGAAAGCCUUGGAGAAAUCAGAGUUUCAGAGGGAGGAACUGAAAGCAAAGCAAGUAUCCCUCACUCAGGAAAAAAAUGACCUGAUUCUUCAGCUUCAGGCUGAGCAAGAGACACUGGCAAAUGUUGAAGAGCAGUGCGAGUGGCUGAUUAAAUCCAAGAUCCAGCUGGAGGCCAGAGUAAAAGAGCUGUCGGAGAGGGUGGAGGAAGAAGAGGAGAUAAAUUCUGAGCUGACUGCCAGGGGGCGGAAACUCGAAGAUGAAUGUUCGGAGUUGAAGAAAGAAAUCGAUGACUUGGAAACAAUGUUGGUGAAGUCAGAGAAGGAGAAACGUACUACAGAGCACAAGGUCAAGAACCUGACUGAGGAAGUAGAGUUUCUAAAUGAGGAUAUCAGCAAACUUAACAGAGCAGCCAAAGUUGUGCAGGAGGCCCAUCAGCAGACCCUAGAUGACCUGCACAUGGAGGAGGAGAAGCUCAGCAGCCUGAGCAAAGCAAAUCUGAAGCUGGAACAGCAAGUUGUUGGGCUUGAGGGUGCCCUUGAGCAGGAGAGAAAAGCGAGAAUUAACUGUGAAAGGGAACUGCACAAACUGGAGGGCGAUUUAAAGCUGAAUCAGGAAAGUAUGGAGAACCUGGAAAGCAGCCAGCGACACCUGGCAGAAGAGCUGAGGAAAAAAGAAUUAGAAAACAGUCAGAUGAAUUCAAAAGUGGAGAAUGAGAAAGGCCUGGUAGCUCAGCUUCAGAAGAUGGUUAAAGAGCUUCAGACUCAAAUAAAGGAUUUGAAAGAGAAACUAGAAGCUGAAAGGACCACUCGAGCCAAGAUGGAAAAGGAGAGAGCUGACCUCACCCAAGACCUGGCUGACUUGAAUGAGAGACUGGAGGAGGUAGGAGGAGCCAGUUUGGCUCAGCUGGAAAUAACUAAGAAACAGGAAACCAAAUUCCAGAAGCUGCGCCGAGACAUGGAAGAGGCCACGCUGCACUUUGAGGCAACUUCUGCAUCUUUGAAGAAGAGACAUGCAGACAGCCUGGCUGAGCUCGAGGGCCAGGUAGAAAAUCUACAGCAGGUCAAGCAGAAACUGGAAAAAGAUAAGAGUGACUUGCAGCUAGAAGUAGAUGACCUCCUGACCCGUAUUGAGCAGAUGACAAGGGCUAAGGCAAAUGCUGAGAAACUCUGUACUCUAUACGAAGAGCGCUUGAAUGAAGCAAAUGCAAAGCUAGAUAAGGUGACUCAGUUGGCAAAUGACCUGGCAGCACAAAAGACAGAGCUGUGGAGUGAGAGUGGCGAGUUCCUACGGAGGCUUGAAGAGAAGGAAGCUCUGAUAAACCAACUUUCCAGUGAAAAGAGCAACUUCACUCGGCAAAUUGAAGAACUGAGAGGGCAGUUGGAAAAGGAGACCAAAUCCCAGAGUGCCCUGGCCCAUGCCCUGCAGAAGGCCCAGCGUGACUGUGACCUUCUACGAGAGCAGUAUGAGGAAGAACAAGAGGUCAAGGCUGAGCUGCACCGGACCUUAUCCAAAGUCAAUGCUGAAAUGGUGCAAUGGAGAAUGAAGUAUGAAAACAAUGUCAUCCAGAAAACAGAAGACUUGGAGGAUGCCAAGAAGGAACUGGCAAUUAGGUUGCAGGAGGCAGCGGAAGCCAUGGGGGUGGCCAAUGCCAGAAAUGCCUCCUUGGAGAGAGCCAGACACCGGCUGCAGCUGGAGCUCGGGGACGCCCUGUCUGACCUCGGGAAGGUCCGCUCUGCAGCAGCCAGGCUGGACCAGAAGCAGCUGCAGUCUGGCAAGGCCCUUGCGGACUGGAAGCAGAAGCAUGAGGAGUCGCAGACGUUGCUGGAUGCCUCUCGGAAGGAAAUCCAGGCUCUCAGUACAGAGCUCCUCAAGCUCAAGCACGCCUACAAGGAGAGCAUCGUGGGCCAGGAGACACUCAGGAGGGAGAACAAGAACCUCCAAGAAGAGAUUUCUAAUCUGACAAACCAGGUUAGAGAAGGGACCAAGAACUUAACUGAAAUGGAAAAGGUCAAGAAACUAAUUGAACAGGAGAAGACAGAAGUCCAGGUGACUCUGGAAGAAACAGAGGGAGCCUUGGAACGUAAUGAAAGCAAGAUUCUUCGUUUCCAGCUUGAACUCUUGAAAGCUAAAGCAGAACUUGAAAGAAAGCUUUCAGAGAAAGAUGAAGAAUUAGAAAAUUUUAGGAGGAAACAGCAGUGUACCAUUGACUCCAUGCAGUCUAGUCUGGAUUCUGAAGCUAAGAGCAGAAUUGAGGCUACCCGGCUGAAGAAGAAGAUGGAAGAGGACCUCAAUGAGAUGGAACUCCAGCUUAGCUGUGCCAACCGGCAGGUGUCAGAGGCAACCAAAUCCAUGGGCCAGCUUCAGAUUCAAAUCAAGGACCUUCAGAUGCAGCUGGAUGACAGCACACAACUGAACAGUGAUCUGAAGGAGCAGGUGGCUGUGGCUGAGCGGCGCAACUCUCUUCUUCAGUCUGAACUAGAGGAUCUAAGGUCCUUGCAAGAGCAGACAGAGCGUGGCCGCAGGCUGUCAGAAGAAGAGCUCCUGGAAGCAACAGAAAGAAUCAAUCUUUUCUAUACCCAGAACACAAGCCUCCUCAGCCAGAAGAAGAAACUGGAGGCUGAUGUUGCCCAGAUGCAGAAAGAAGCUGAAGAGGUGGUGCAGGAGUGUCAAAAUGCAGAAGAGAAGGCCAAGAAGGCAGCCACUGAGGCAGCAAACUUGUCAGAAGAACUGAAGAAGAAGCAAGAUACCAUUGCCCACUUGCAAAAGACGAGAGAAAAUAUGGAGCAGACAAUUACAGACUUACAGAAAAGGCUGGCUGAAGCUGAACAGACGGCCCUGAUGGGGAGUAGAAAACAAAUCCAGAAACUAGAAUCCAGGGUUCGUGAACUGGAAGGUGAACUGGAGGGUGAAAUCCGUCGCAGUGCAGAGGCCCAGAGGGGAGCCCGCAGACUUGAGCGAUGCAUCAAAGAGCUGACCUAUCAGGCAGAGGAAGACAAGAAGAAUCUGAGCAGGAUGCAAACUCAGAUGGAUAAACUUCAGCUAAAAGUGCACAAUUACAAGCAGCAAGUCGAGGUGGCGGAAGCACAAGCCAAUCAAUACCUUUCCAAGUAUAAGAAGCAGCAACAUGAGUUGAAUGAAGUGAAGGAAAGGGCAGAGGUGGCAGAAUCUCAAGUCAAUAAACUCAAGAUUAAAGCAAGAGAGUUUGGGAAAAAGGUUCAAAAAGAAUAGUAUCCCCUGCUUUGAAAGGACAACAGCUGGAGAAGUACAAGGAAGGUGCUGUUUCAUGGCCAAAAAUUUAGCUUGCGUUGGAAACAUUUUUUAAAAACAUGUUUAAAUUGCUUUUCACACCAUAUAAACAAGGCAAUUAGAAAAAUAAUUAAAGGGAAUAUCAUUGCUUCCACAGUUAAUGGGGAUUUUUUGAUCCUCAAAUGCAAGUAAACUACCUUGUAAUGUUUCACAUGACAAAUUAAAUAAAUGGAAGAACUUUUUCGAUUCUGAUGUUUAAAAAAUGAAUAAAUACUUAAUCCUUUGUCCAUAUUUCCUCUUAAUGGGUAGGACUCAUAGAUGUCCUUAGACCAAUCACGCUCCAUGGGGACUAGGGCAUGUUGGUGAAUGGUUUUUACUGAAGUUAGGCAACUUUGGCUUGAUUCACCCCUACGUCUAUGAAUGUAUAUUGUGAGCUGGCAGUGGUGGAAUGAAAGUCAUAAAAUCUCCUCAGCAUUGUGAUAUAAAUAUAGCCAUAGUUAGGCAAUUUGAACAUGUAGGCAAAACUCUCCUAAUCAACGCACAUGUAGGCUAUAUGCUGGUACACACUUUAAACAUGGAGGUAACCCCACACAAGACAUUCAGUGGCAGGUGAUGUGCUGGAUUUCUGCAGUGCCAAUUUAGCUCAGCCGGAGGAACGUGUCCCGGAAUUCCUCUCUCUCGUGGUUCUGGAUUGGAGUAGGUCAUAAAGAAUUUUGCAUUAAUCUGAUAAGCAAAAAUCAGCUAUUUUACGCUCAUAAGGUCAGUGUACAGACCCAAGCAUUGUGACAGCUUGAAAAUAUGACUCCUGGCCAAAAAGGGGCACUAGAAAGGACCAGAGACAGCUCCCUGGACCCAGAGCUCUUCCAGCUCCUGCCAGCCGCCUCCUCCAGCUUUGCAGAGUCCUGGCCAGGUGUGUGUGCAGCUCCAUGGCAACCAGCACCAGCUUUUCCUGAGAUCAUCCACAGCAUUGCAGUGGAGGCCAUGAGGCAGACAUGGGUUCUGUUUGUUCUUAUGGACUUCCCUUCAUCCUCGCUGCAUGCACAGCCGACCUACCGUGACUUCAGGCCCAGGACCAGAUGCAGAGGGAGCAGCCUGGCAUAGACUUCUCCACCAGCACCCACAAUUGUAGCAAUGCUGAUAGAAAAUCCUGUUUGAAGGAUGAGCCACUGAGAAAUACACUAAUAUUCAAGAAUAGAUUUGCUUCUUUCCACUUCAUAAAUGUUUUCAAUCAACUCAUAAAUACCUAGCAAGAUUAUUUCCUGGUAUUAAGUACAGCUAUAAGGGUGUUCAUCACAACCAGGUAAUGUAGAACACUGGAAAUGCCUGAAUACCCACCAACAGGGGAACAGUUGUAUCAUUUAUAACAUUAGUAUACUACAAGAUACUGUGCAUUAAAAAUGAGGAGAUUUCCAUGUAUUGACUUGGAAGGAAGCUCAUGGCAUAUUAGGACAAAUAUGAUUACUAAUAACACGGAAUGAUGU